UAUCACACAAUAAAUUAUUCAGUAAUAUAGUUGAAGCUGGGCCUCCGCCCCAUCGGCCAUAGCUGGUGUCAUUGUUGAGAAGAGAGAAAAGGAACGCAGAUCAAGAAGCUCCCCCACAGCCCCUCCUGAGAUCCCCUUCGCUCUGUUCAUUUCUUUGCUAUCUGUGCUUUCUGGAGAUACAAGUUGUUUUCGGGGUACACAGGUACAGGAUUAGCCUGAAACAUUAAUUCUACUACCCAAGAUUGUUGAGGAAUAUUAGAUCAUCUUCAAGCACUGCACUGAAGAUGCAGAAUCAGGAUGGGCAUGUGGUGGAGUCUGGAACAGAGACCAUAACAUCCACAAAAGCUUCUGAAAUUGAGGACUGGGCAAAUUUCAGGGAUGAUGAUAUUUUGCAGCAGCAAUCUGCCAUCCAGGCUGAGGAGGCUGGGAAAAUUCCUUUCGUUGGUGAUAAGGAGCCACUAUCUUCUUUAGCAGCCGAAUACAAGUCAGGAAACCCAAUUUUGGUGGAGAAAAUCAAUGUUCUGACUGAACAAUAUGCUGCAAUCAGGCGUACACGGGGAGAUGGGAAUUGCUUCUUUCGUAGCUUCAUGUUUGCUUACCUCGAGCAUAUUCUGCAAACACAGGACCGUGCAGAAGUUGAUCGGAUCACAGCCAAUGUGGAGCAAUGCAGAAAGACACUUCUCAGCUUGGGCUAUGCAGAAUUUACUUUUGAAGAUUUUUUCGCGCUAUUCCUUGAGCAACUUGAAAGUGUUCUGUCGGGGACUGAAGCUUCCAUAAGCCAUGACGAACUUGUACAGAGAAGUAGAGAUCAGUCAAUUUCUGAUUAUGUUGUAAUGUUCUUCAGAUUUAUUACCUCUGGCGAAAUAAGAAAGCGUUCAGAGUUCUUCGAACCAUUUGUUCAAGGAUUAACAAAUACCUCGGUGGAGCAGUUUUGCAAGUCGUCUGUGGAACCUAUGGGCGAGGAGAGCGAUCAUGUUCACAUUACUGCUUUAUCAGAUGCACUGGGCGUACCAAUCCGCAUAGUGUAUCUUGACCGAAGUUGUGAUGAUAAAGGUAGCGUCAGCGUAAACCAUCACGAUUUCACUCCUGCAGCUUGUCAGGUCACCAAUGCUAAUAGCUGUGCUACUCAGGCGGCCAAACCGUUCAUCAACUUGCUUUACCGACCAGGUCAUUAUGACAUUUUGUACCCUAAAUAACUGUUUUCGCACCAAUAAGCCGGUGCUUGAUGCUGAUGAAAAGUUCUUAUUUGGGUUGGGUGGUAUGACAUUCUGUCGAACGAUGACUUUUAAGAUACAGUGAAGUUGGAUUACUGUUAGUUUUUCAUCAGGAUUCGGUUCAUGAUAUGCAAUGCUAGUUUCUUGUCCUUCCA